AUGGCAACAAACAGUAUAAGUAAAACACAAAUUUUACAUCUGUAUAGAUCACUACUUAAAGCCAGUAAAAAUUUUUCAAGUUAUAAUUUUCGAGAUUAUUUUUAUCGACAUACCAGAGAUAGUUUUCACAAAAAUAAAUUUGAAACUAGUCCACAUAAGAUUUUGGAGUUUAUAAAGAAAUCAGAGAAUGAAUUGGCAACAUUAAAACGACAAAGCUAUCUAAGUAGCCUUUAUAGUGGAGAAAAAUUGGUUAUUGAAGGAGAUGGUGAUAGUAAUAAAUUGUUAAAAGAUGAGACUGCUAAGACUGGUGUAAUCAAAUAUUUUUAUCCCGGUCAUUAA